UUUAGGAGAAAAAGUAGAACCUUUGACUGCCUACACAACCCCCUCUUCCCCUGCUUCAUUCAAUUUAACAUUUUUAAUAGAGCAAAACCCACAACAAAAUAACUUCAGCGUCAUCAAGACAAUCACGAAGGGGCAUAUUUGGUUUUAGUUUGUUGAUUUAUUUGUGGAUUGUAUAAAUAGAUUUUAUUUGACUAAGCCGUGUUCAAUGCUAGGUAUUUUAGGUGUUAUGUAUUUUUUUUCUUGAUCUUGUUGAGUAAUUAAUGACGAAUCUACAAUUUUAGCUUGCGAAAAAUGGUUCAGACCAUCCCUGUGAUCCUCUAUUGGUUUCUUUUGGUAUUCUAUAAUUUGUUAAGGGUUUAUGGGAAUGCUGAAGCUGAUGUAUUGAGGGUCCUAAAGGCACAAUUAAGUGAUCCUACGAAUGUUUUGCAAAGUUGGGAUCCUAUUAGUGUAAGUCCAUGUUCUUGGUAUCAUGUUACCUGUGACAGUUGGAAUAGAUCAGUUACUAGAGUUGAUCUUCAAAACGCAGGCUUGUCUGGUCAGUUAGUUAAGCAGCUUGGUCAACUUACAUACUUACGGUACUUGGAGCUUUAUGCAAAUAACAUCUCUGGAAAAAUUCCUGAAGAGCUUGGAAACUUAACCAAUUUGAUGAGUUUGGAUCUUUACAUGAACCAGUUAGAAGGUGGCAUUCCAGACACAUUAGGCACCCUUAAACAACUCCGUUUCCUUCGUCUCAACAACAACAGUUUGACAGGAACUAUUCCAGUUUCGUUAACUGGAAUCGAUUCGCUCCAAGUUCUUGAACUAUCAAACAACAAUUUGAGCGGAGUUGUGCCUUUCUAUGGCUCCUUUAUGCGAUUCAUACCCAACAGUUUUGCCAAUAAUCCCGACUUGACACUCGUGGUUGUUCCACAAGCUCAAGCUCCUUCACAAUCUCCUUCAGUGGGCAACAACCACACUGGAGCUAUUGUCGGAGCUAUUGCUGCUGUUGUUGUUCUCUUUGUUGCACUUGCUUUGUGGCGGGACAGAAAACAACAACUACAAGUUGAUUCUUUUACGUUUUUAGCUGAGGAGGACCCCAAAGUUCAUCUGAGACAACUAAAGACGUUUUCUCUACGUGAACUACAAGCUGCAACCCAUGAUUUUAGCAACAGAAACAUUCUUGGUGAAGGUGCAUUUGGUAAAGUUUACAAAGGAUUGUUGGCUGAUGGUUCUCUGGUGGCUGUAAAGAGACUCACAGAUCAUGUUCAUGGUGGUGAAUUGCACUUCCAGAAGGAGGUUGAGAUAAUAAGCAUGGCGGUGCACCGGAAUCUUCUUAGGCUGCAAGGAUUUUGCAUGACAUCCACCGAACCGUUGCUUGUUUAUCCAUACAUGGCCAAUGGCAGUGUUGCAUCUUUUCUAAGAGAUCGACCAGAUAGACAACCUGCACUUGAUUGGCCGACCAGGAAACAAAUUGCACUUGGAUCCGCAAGGGGCCUUGCCUAUCUGCAUGAUCAUUGUGACCCUAAGAUCAUUCACCGUGAUGUGAAAGCCUCAAAUAUCUUGUUGGAUGAGGAGUUUGAAGCAGUUGUCGCAGACUUUGGAUUGGCGAAACUCAUGAACUACAAUGAUACUCAUGUUACAACAGCCGUUUGUGGUACAAUUGGACACAUAGCGCCUGAGUAUCUAUCCACUGGGAGAUGUUCAGAAAAAUCCGAUGUUUAUGGGUACGGGGUGAUGCUUCUGCAACUCAUCACCAGGCAACAGGCCUAUGAUCCUACUCGCCUUGCCAAUAAUCACAACGAUGUCAUGUUGCUUGACUGGGUGAAAAGACUUUUAGAAGAUAAGAAGUUGGAGAUGCUGGUGGAUGCGGAUUUAGAAGGUAACUAUUUGAAGGAUGGAGUAGAAGAGUUGAUUAAGAUAGCUCUAUUGUGCACACAAGUCACGCCGUCAGAGCGACCCAAGAUGUCAGAAGUUGUGAAAAUGCUUGAAGGUUUUGGUUUAGCUGAGCGGUGGGAGGAGUGGCAGAAAGGAGAGAUUUUCCUACAAGAUUUCAGCCAGGAACACAAUCUGAAUAUCGAUUGUGUUAUUGUGGAUUCCACUUAUAACCUUAGCAACGAUCAAUUAUCUGGUCCUAGAUGAUCGGAAUCCUGUUUGGUUUUUCGAUGUGGAUACAUUUUUACUUUUUAUGUAAAAUGUGUGCUAGGAGUUUUAGCCGAUACAUUAUAUAUAGUUUGGAGGUUGCUUUCAAAGCACCAAUAUAUUCACCAGUAAAUAUGUGUGUGCUAUAGUCGUCGAGAAAAUACUCAUUUUCUAUCGAUUAAUAUCAAAGAAAAAAAAAAUGCCUUUUCUCUUC